AAGUAACGUCUCUUUGUGCCAAUUACAUUGCAGUUCUAAACGCGUUGUUCAAAAAAAUUUGGUACUGCUUUUGAUUUUUUUUAAACUGUAGUAGUAAUCUUUUGGUCAAUGUAAGCAAAUCAUUUCAACAUUUUAUACGAUUUUUCCACCAAUAUUUCCUCUUUCACUUAUUAUGAUGUUCUAUGAUUAUCGAAGCUGACCAUGUCUGACAUUUCUUUAAGGCUUAAAUGCCGUUCGGGCACGUUCCCGAUUAAAAUAUCGCCGAAUUGCGAUCUAACCGAUUUAAAGGAGCAGUUGUCAGUGCUGAGUGAUAUACCUUCGAAUAGCAUAAAAUUGUUGUUUGGCUUUCCACCAAAACCUAUAUUGCAAUUCGACGGCUCGGUGGCAGACGCAGGAAUUAAGUCUGGUGAUACGAUAAUAGCCGAAGUGGACACCAGCAGCUCAGGAGUCAAGGAAACUAAAAUUCAAACCGAAAACGCAAUUCUAAAGCAUGUUAUUGAACAAGAAGUCGGCGAUGGAUUACCGCUUAUUUUGCGUAAAGUAGUGCCUGCCGACAACUCGUGUUUGUUCACUAGUAUGGGAUUUGUAUUGGGAGGAAAAAUAGAUUUAGGCAGUGGUAGUUAUAUGCGUGAAAUUAUAGCCAACGCCGUCAAGGACGACCAAGUAGAGUUUAGUGAAGCUGUUUUGGGAAAGCCUAAUGAAGAUUACUGCAAAUGGAUACGAAAUCCUGAUUCGUGGGGCGGUGCAAUCGAAGUGUCGAUAUUAUCAAAUUUUUACGGUGUCGAAAUAGCUGUGAUAGAUACACAAAGCGGAUCAAUUAGUAAAUUUGGCGAAGACAAAGAAUAUCCGCACCGCGUAUUUCUAAUUUAUGACGGCAUACAUUACGAUCCCUUGUACUUGGAAUCGCCAUUUGGCGCUGGUGAAAUACAGACUUUAUUCCCGAAAAAUGAUGAUCGGAUGUUAGAAGCGGCCCAGUUGCUGGCUAAUGAAGCCAAGUCUAGUAGACAAUAUACAGACGUUAAUCGAUUUACUCUGAAAUGCCUAGACUGCGGUUGCAUAAUGAUUGGUCAAACGCAAGCACAAGAACACGCUAAACAGACUGCUCACACCAACUUUAAUGAAUAUUAAUGUUUAUAACCAAAUUGUGGCGUUUCUCUUUUAUUUUUAUUAUCGCAUUAUAAUUAAUGGCGGGUGCCAUUUUAUUUAAUGAAUUCUAGAAGUAUUUCAAAUACACUAAAAAAUAUAAAUGAAUAACAAUUAAAACUAAAUAUUAAUUAAUGGAAAUAAAAUAAACACUACCAAAAAGAAAAAAAUUGAAUUCAAUUUAUCAUUGUUAAUAGUAGUUAAUAUUAACUUACAAGUUAUUACAUUUAUAAUUGAAAUAUCUAAAACUGAGUUACGAUUAAAAUUUGUAUCAAAAUAGCAAUACAUAAAAACAUUUUAUAAGCAAUUUUUUUUACCGCUUUUCAGGUGUUAUAACAUUUAACUAUCAUUAAUUAUUCAGAUUAAAAUUGGAGAAUGGGAUUUUGUGUUCUAGUUAUGUUUUAGUAAAAAUAAUUUAAAAUAAAAAAAAUGCAAUAUAUUAAUUUCACUAGUUUCAUUGUGUUUGUUUAUUUUUAGUGGGUAAUUUUUCAAAAAAGAUUGUUACAUUAAUAUUAAAUACAAUUUUUUUUUCUAUAAUUUAUAAUUUAAACCUUUGACCAAAAGGUGUGAAAGCAACACUUUCAUCGAAAAGAAUUGUUUACAUUUUUAUAAUAAUCAAAUUUAUCCGUCUGUAUAAUGGAUAACGUAAAAGCAAUAAUACUAGUCCCACUGAAUCUUUUUUACGACUAAGUAUUUUAUGUAAGCAAUAAAUCAUUUCUUGUCAAUCAAAAAAGGUUGCAAGAAUAACAAUCCAUUUUUUUAAUAAUCUGUGAAA